GAAAAUAAAUUUAUUCAAUGAAUCUGUACAAACUGUAUCAUUACAACACCAACAGGAGACACUUUGAUCUAGAAAAUAAGAUUUUCCACCAGCUUUCAUUCUAAACACUACAGGUAAUUUGUUCAAUACAUAAGCUGUUGUAUGUAAUGCUCUAAGGGUUAAGUUGCUUAAUAAUCUUCCUUCUAUAGGAUGCAAUCCUGCACUUCUUAAUAAAGAAAAACUCCCAUUGAACUAAAUAGUAGUUUUGCCUCAGUAAGGAGUGAAGAAUUGGGCCCGGAAUGCAUCUCUCAAGCCAUUUUCAAACUCUUUUUACAUAGGCUCGCUCCUCUGUGAAGGUGAUUUAUGUGGCCUCAGAGUUAAGUAUAAUUCUGAAGAAUAUUAUAUCAGAGGCGACAAGUAUUUUCUUAAUGUAAAUGGAAGCAGCAAAUGUUGUAGAUGUACUCUUAAUUGGAUAUCUGGAGUGCUCCUUUCCCAUGCAUUAAAAUGUAAAUACAUCUCCAUGUAUGAAAUGUAUUACUGCACAAGAUCUGAGAUAAAUACUGCACAGAAUGAAAAAUGUGAAGGUCUAUCAAUAAUCUGGUCGCUAUAAAGGUCACACUAUAAACCCAAUUCACUCACACUGGUGUAGGGAGGUGUAAACUACAAAAGCUAUUGUAGCCAUGGAAGCAUUCAUCCUGAAGGGACAGCAGACAGGGUACCCAUGGCUUUCUGUCUGCAGGAGUUGUAUUGCAGGGAGACCAGCUUCAUAGGAGGCUGGGGCUUUAUAGGAGAUUUGACUUUGAACAGUCUUGGCAAGGCUUGAGUUUUCUCGUGGGGUGGAGGUUGUCGGCAAUUCCUGAUGAAUGAAUCUUACAUUGCUAGGAGCUCUCAAUUAUUAUGUAUUUAUAAGGCCUUCGCUGCUUGCCUUCUUCUGGAGGUAACAAGGCAACACUAAGUACCAGGAACACAGGUGAAAAUUUUUUGGCAUUGCCGUGAGAUAUGCCUGAAAUCCAGAGCCAGGGGAAAUCUUAUAAAUCACCCAUACAAAAAAAACUUUAACUUGUAUUUAAGGCUGCUGAACUGGAUUUUCUAUCAAUAUAGUUGCCAAACAUUAAGGAAAUAAUUAAACAUUAACGUCCACACCAACCACAGCUCAUGUGCCUUGCAACCCAAUUAUAAUGUCCAGCUGCACAGAUUGACAGUCUCCACAACAAACUCUCUUUCUAUUCUAAUUUAAAAUCACCCAAAAUGUACACAUCCAGUUACCCAAAAUUAUAUUCACUUGUACAACCUUUGAUCUGGCCUCAGAAUAUUUUAGAUAGAAACAGAACAGUCUAGGAUCUUGCUGAGGUUAGAAUAAAGGUUCUGGGCUUGAGGACAACUUUGAGAAACUGGAUAUAUGCUCUUGAAUAACCUGCUCUAGUUUCUCUUCAGAUUGUAUAAAUCUUUAUUGAGUGAACUUAAUUUCAAAUUAACAAAGUUUGGGGUAUUUGGUGAUGGGGGGAGAGGUAAGAGGGCAGACGAGGGAAUUUCCUUGUUUUCUAAAAUGAGGAAAAAGGGUUUAAAUGGAAUUAGCGUGCAGGGUUUGAGAGAGGGCAGCCUGCUCUAACAGAUGUUAUGAGGUACACCAAGUACAGUUUCCCUCUUUGCACAUCUGUAGGGCCCUACCAAAUUCGUGGCCGUGAAAAACGCAUCAUGGACCGUGAAAUCUGGUCUCCUCCUGUGAAAUCUGUAUAGUAUAGGGUAAAAGCACACAAAAGACCAUAUUUCAUGGGGAAGACAAGCAUUUCUCAAAUGGGGUCCUGACCCAAAAGGGGACAUGGGGGAGGUGGGGGGUCACAGGGUUAUUGUAGGGGGGGUCAUGGUAUUGCCACCUUUACUUCUGCAUUGCCUUCAGAGCUAGCUUGCUGGAGAGCGGCAGCUACUAGCUGAGGGCCCAGCUCUGAAGGCAGCAGCACAGGUAAGGGUGACAAUACUGCGACCCCCUUACAAUAUCCUUGCGACAUCCCUCCCCGCCCCCUCAAUGUCUUUUUGGGUCAGGAUUCCUACAGUUACAACACAGUGAAAUUUCAGAUUUAAAUAUCUGAAAUCAUGACAUUUAUGAUUUUUAAAAUCCUAUGACUGUGAAAUUGACCAAAAUGGACUGUGAAUUUGGUAGGGCCCUACACAUCUGCAUAUAGUGUGUGUGUGUAUGGAAUUAUAGCUAUAUGGGACCUGAGGGGUUAGAUAAUAGAGGGAAAUACUUCUAUCCAUAUUGAAAGUGUUAAACAACUUUAAGCAUUUAAAGUGUAACCUAAAAAAACACACACCCUUUCCCUGUUCUCCAUGCCUCCCUCUGCUAUAUCUGUCUGUAACCUUUACAGCCCUUCUCUGAAAUCCCAGAUUUGAGCAUCCCCCAAGUCCCACCCUCCUGGUCCUCCAAACCAUCAGACCUCUCUUCCCUGACACCUUUUAUACUUCCUUUUUAUUUAUGCCCUUACCUGAAGCUUUCUUCAAACCCUUGUCUGCACCUUUAUUCCAUGCCUCCAUUUUCUGCACUAGGUGUUUGUCCCCACUGUUACCCCUUUCUAGCCAGAGCAAUUAGCCAAUAUUCAGGGUCUUACAGGUUGUUUCUAUUAGGAGGAGAAAUUGAAGGAGUCAGGUAUUUCUUUGAUGCAAUCUUGUUUAUUUCCAAAAAAGGUACACAAAGUUCUGUUUUCUGGAACACAAUAGGAAUCAUACAACAAGAGGGAAUUUCCUUAUUCACAGUUCCAAGCCUUUUUCCAGACAAUUUACUCUGCCCCAGAAGCUCUCUCUUGGCUUUCUCUCACGGUCAUGCUACAAGUUCUCCUCUUGCUCUCUUUGGCUUUCUACUUCUCUGGCUGUUUCUGACACACACACAUAGAGCAAUCAAAACAAUCCCCAGCCCCAGCAUUUGCAUUCAGUCUAGUUUUUGGGCAAUGACUUUCAUUGUUUCAAUUAUCACUAAAUGGGCAUUUAACAGUUCCUUCAUAUAUUCUGAAUAUAAGGCAGCUUGUAGGUCCAGCAGUUACAAUGAGGUGGUGACAUCAUGUAAUUGCCCAUAUAUCAAAUACAUGCUUGCUGGGGUCCACCCAACCUCCAGCAUAAUACCACAAUGCCCCAGUCCCCUCACAACUUUCUAUCCCAUCCAAUCCCCUGUCCACUCCAUCAUAUUCAAUCCCUUCCAUCCUCCCAUGUUCCAACUCAAGGCACAUUUAAGCAUGUAUUUUGUUACAUUUUUAACCAUUUAAAAAUAAAUGGAAAAAAAUCCAUUCAAAUGUGCAACAGGGGAGAUGACUGAAGGGGGUUGUAGAGUGCAGAGGUUCUCCAGGAAAAGUGCCCACUUUACAGUGAAUUACAAGCUCCAUUUCUUAAGCAGCUUUGCAUCCAGGUUUCCCUUUGCCCCCGUCCUCUCCCACCAUAUCCAAAUAAGAGCCACAGGGGAGGCAUGAAGACUUGAAGGAAAAAUUUCCUAAGAAGCAUAGCUUGUAGGUCCACUAGGAAUGCAGUCCCAGGCUGGUGAAUCUGCUAGCCUGCCAUAGUAUGGUUUGCUAAAUCUCAACUGUUCUGAAUAAAGGUAAUGACUAUUGUCCUAUGGUUUGUUCUCAAAUAAAACUAACCUAUACAUCCUCUAGAGAUCGACUCUGGAGGGGAGAUGCUUAGUCACAAAUAGGACUGACUGUCCCUGGGAAUUUUACAUCCAAUUACCUUUUUGUGCCUUUGAAAACCUCAUAGCGCCACCUACACCUUCCAGGGUUAGAACUGUGCUAUUUGUUUGCUAGAGGAAGGAAAAGCCACGAUGAGACAGGAAGGGUACACAGCACUAACAAGUCACUUCCACCCCUCAACGCCACUGAGAGCAACAUUCAGCCACGUGGCGAUACGCCAAGCUGUGCACGGACCCACGGCUUCCCUUAUUAUUACAGCUGCCUCCUAAGCAGCUCUACUCCAUUUGACAGGGGGAUCAACACAGUGGAGGAGGCCGCAAUUUUUGCCUUCCCCUUUUGGCUAGGAACAGGCCUGCGGAGGCUGCACUGGCGCCCACAGGCUACGCUACAGGCUAGCCCCACUUCUAAAGCUCCCGGACAAAGGGAGGCUCUUGUCCGCGCUGGGCUUCGAACGCGCGGCCUCCCACUCCCAGGCCGGCGCGCGCUCUACUAGGCCACUUCGGCCCGCAGGCGGCAGCGGCUCCCCGCGCCGCUCACCAGGUGUCGCUGCUGCAGAAGCGAGGCUCCACGCCCCCGCCCCCGCCCGCCGGCUGCACCGGAAGCGGAAGUGGGCCGCAGGGGGCGGGCGUGGUACUAGUUGUUGUUGCGCGCGCUGCUGCUGCCGCCGCGGGUCCGACUGGGGCGUCAUGGCGGCCGCGGCCUUUCCUCCUUUGCCGGAGCAGUUCAGGAGCCUCCAGCAUCAUUUGCGAACCGGGCAGGAGCUGGACAAGCGGGAGCCGGUGGUGGCGUAUUACUGCCGUUUGUAUGCUAUGCAGACUGGGAUGAAGCUUGACAGUAAAACCCCAGAGUGCCGCAAAUUUUUAUCCAAACUAAUGGAUCAGUUGGAAACUAUGAAAAAGCAGCUGGGUGAUAAUGAAGCUGUUACUCAGGAAAUAGUUGGCUGUGCCCAUGUGGAGAAUUAUGCUUUGAAAAUGUUUCUAUAUGCAGACAAUGAAGAUAGAGCUGGACGAUUUCACAAAAACAUGAUAAAGUCCUUUUAUACUGCAAGUCUCCUGAUAGAUGUUUUGUCUGUAUUUGGGGAGCUCACUGAAGAGAAUGUUCAACACAGAAAAUAUGCCAGAUGGAAGGCAGCAUAUAUUCAUAACUGUCUAAAGAAUGGAGAGACUCCUCAACCUGGACCUGUUGGAAUGGAAGAGGAAGAUUAUGAUGCUGAAAGUGAAGACGCUAGUUCAUCUGCUCUACCUACCCAAGUAUCUCUGCCAUCAUCAUCUACAUAUGAUGCAAACAUGCCAACUAGUAAUUAUACUGGCAUACAUAUCCCACCUGGUGCACAUGCUCCAGCCAACACUCCAGCUGAAGUACCUCAUAGCACAGGUGUAACAAGUAAUACCAUUCAACCCACUCCACAGAAUAUCCCAGCUGUAGAUCCUUCUCUUUACAAUGCUCAAUCUGCAGGGGAAGUCCGUUUGACACCAGAGGACUUUGCCAGAGCUCAGAAAUAUUGCAAAUAUGCUGGCAGUGCUUUGCAGUAUGAAGAUGUGAGCACUGCUGUGCAGAAUCUACAGAAGGCCCUCAAGUUACUGACUACAGGCAGAGAAUGAUGCCUUUGUCCAGCAGAUUCAUGUCUUUUUUGCCUAAAGAACUAACAAUCCAUUACUUUACCUUCUGCCUAUCAGGGGGGACACAGUUACAUGAAAGCUCUCAAUUCCAUUGACCAUGACAAGGAAAUCUGUUUCUCAGUAUUAGAUCCCUGAUAUAGCACUAAUCAGCAAGCUCAACCGGUUUUCAUUUUCCACACGGUGGAACUGGAAACAUGUGGAUGGAGUGAUGUGAUCAAGAUACUGGAGAAUGCACUCUGGACACCGUUUAAGAGUUAGAAUUAAUGCUACAAUAUUUAGAGUGUUUAAGGAAAAACAUGAAAUCUCUCUUUAUUGUUUUGGAAAAACAAAGUAAUGUGCUCUACUAGCAUUCAUUGAGUCUGAAUUUAUCACUGUUAAUAAAAUUUCAAAUGAAAAAUGGCUUUGGGACUGGAAAUAAAAAUUAGGGCUUUUCUACUGAAACUUAUAUAGCAGGAGUGUGGGGCCGGAUGGAUCAUGAAAUGAUCUUAAUGUACAUCCAGAAAAGUCCUUUUUAAAAAAUACAACUUAAAUACAACUAAAUUGUUUUGGUAUUAUCUGAGACCAAGUUAAAGGUGUGGAGGCUUGAAAAGAAGAAUACUGAGAUUUAAUUGAUAAUUUAUUGUACUGGAACAUCCAUUUCUUGAAGCUUUGGGCAAAGACAUUUAGAUGCUCCUCCCCACCCCACACACACGUGUGUGAACGGUUACAUAUUAAUUUUGGUAACUGUUACUUAUUUUGCAUGGACAAUUUAAAUUUUCUAUAUUAAGGUUAGUUAAAAGAAGGUGGUACUAGUGUUAACCAGAGAUGAGCCCAAAGCCCAGAUCCUACACAGUGGAUUUAAGCUUCACAGCUGCCCCAUUUCUUUCACCAGCCGAAUGACCCCUCAACCAAAUGUCUGGACUAUGACACCUUCAUAGUCUCUGUUCAGAUCCAAACUUUGCAGCUCAGGUUCAUCACUACGGUUAGUGUGACAGAGCUAGUAUCCUCCCCUGCUUACUUUCUUGUGGAGACUUUGGAGAUUCUAGAACUGAUUAAAAUAUUUUGGAAUUUGAACUCUGAACAUUUUAUAAGCUUUGUCCUGGGGAAUUAUGGAGCUAUUGAUUGUUAAAACUGCAUCCAUGCUGUAUAAAAACAAAUGAAUAAAAGAUUCUUAAAUU